GAUGCUUAGAACCGGGCGGCUCAACUGUUUGGAUCAUCGAAAACAUGGUUCCUGGUCAAUGGGAGUACCUGUGGAAUCCAGGCCGCAGUGAUGGCUACCUGCUCCCCAGGUGACUUCCUCAUUGUUCCUCGAAACUGCCACAUUUCAGUGAUCUCUGCACUGGUUCUGUCUGGUGCGGUGCGUAAGUAUAUAGUACCAGAGUACAAUUAUGUGUGGGACAUCGCUGGUGGUAUCACGCCGUCACAGGUAGAUAGAGCACUGAAGGAGCUUGAGAAGGAUGGGAAAAAAAUAGGUGUUGUUCUUGUUACUUCACCGACCUAUCAUGGCAUAUGCAGCAAUGUCCAAGGCAUCGUUGAUGUUUGUCAUCCGUUGCACAUUCCAGUUAUAGUUGACGAGGCACAUGGUGCGCAUUUCAGGUUCCAUGACAGUUUUCCAAGCACAGCGAUUGAGCAAGGUGCUGACUUGGUUGUGCAAUCCACACAUAAGGUUCUGAGCUCGCUUACACAGUCCUCGAUGCUUCACAUGGCUGGAGGUCUCGUGGAUGCAGAUAAAGUGAGCCAAUGCCUCCAGUUGCUCCAGAGCUCAAGCCCAAGCUACCUCCUCCUUUCAUCUUUAGAUGCUGCAAGAGCUCAGUUGAGCGAGAACGUGAAAUAUUUUGAUGAGCCAGUGGAUAUGGCUUUACAAACAAAAGACCAGCUGAGGCUAAUCCCAGGGAUAUCUGUCCUGGACUUGUCAAACUUUGUUUCUGACUUCCCUUCUAUUGACCCCUUGCGUAUCACACUAAGUGCGUCAGAUCUACAUUUAUCUGGAUACGAAGCAGAUGAUGUUUUCGCUGAAGAGCAUCAAAUUGUAUCUGAGCUUGUCGGUACAAAGGCAGUGACAUUUGCAGUCAACUUAGGGACCAGACGACAAGAUGUUGAAAAGCUUGUACAGUGUGCAAAUCAUCUUUCAGAAAAAUACUUCUCUGGAAAUGAAUCCAGAGUUGGAAAACAUAAUUAUGUUGGUAGCCCAUUAGAUAAGUUUUCUGUCAAGCUGACUCCAAGAGAGGCAUUCUUUACAAAGAAAAGAAGAGUGUGCCUUGAGGACAGCUUUGGCGAGAUAUGUGGUGAGCUUAUCUGCCCGUAUCCACCAGGUAUCCCUGUACUGAUUCCUGGUGAGGUCAUAACGCAGGAUUCGAUGUCUUACUUAAUGAACAUCAGAUACCAGGGCAUAACAAUCAGUGGUGCAGCUGAUGUUGAACUCAAGUCGAUUAUGGUAUGCAGCUUGUGA